AUGAGGAAUAUAAGAGGUCCCUUCAGCCCUGUGCGGCCCUCAGAGCAAACCUAGCAUAGGGACCCACACAUCUGCUAGAGACACAGAGCUCACACCCUUCGAGGCUUGCCUUCACCCAAGCAGCCGUUGAGGAGAUUUCAUCAAGACAAAGACACUUCGGAGAGGGUGUUUGAAUACUCAAUCCACAGCAUACACCAAGCCAGCUGACUUAACCAUGAAUCUCGAGGUCCCCAAAUUGGACAUCAAGUCCGCCACCCGCGUCUCCGGAGGCCCUGCAACACCCCGCAAGGGACCCCCAAAAUUCAAGCAGAGGCAGACUCGCCAGUUCAAAAGCAAGCCCCCCAAGAAAGGAAUCCAGGGCUUUGGUGACGAUAUCCCAGGAAUGGAAGGCUUAGGCACUGAUAUCACAGUCAUCUGCCCCUGGGAAGCUUUCAACCACCUGGAGCUUAGCGAGCUGGCCAAAUACGGCAUCAUCUGAGUCCUGCAGAACAACCACCCCACAAUCCUCUGCAUCUACAUAAUCAACUUGUCCAAAGAAACAAUGGUCAUUUGUCUUUCACUGGUUUCUUCUUUUGUUUCUGCAGCCAAAGAUCAACAGUGUUCUCUCAUCUGCUUGUGUUUAGGGUCCUAUCAGUCUGUCCUGGUAAUGCACUGUACUUCUAGGAGCAACCUGGCAUCCAUCUUCCCUUGCUGGUUCUCCAAAAGCUUCUCUUCUUCUAUCCUCUUUUUUAAAUCCUCUCCCACGUGGAACACAACAUGAAACUUUACGAAAGCAUUGCAGCCUCAAAGUUGAGUAUACAAACAACAUACCCGUGAAAUGGGUGGGUUAUCAUUUCACGAGCCCCGGCGCUUCUGUUGUCAUCAUAGAGGCCUGUCAUCAAUGCCGAAUUUUACACAUAAAAUCUGAGUCCUGUGGAGAUGAGCCGGCUGCCGGUCAAAGCUAAGCAUAGACUGUAAUCUGUGACUGAGACAAUGUGGAUAAAACAACUUAUUGUCCCUCUCUUCCUCUCGGUCUUCCUCACGCUUCCUUGGUAUAACAUCAUUUAUUUAACAUAACCAGGGUUCCUUAAAUCUGGACUCUUCGUCCCCCUAUUUCUUUAACCUUCCUCAUCAUCACCUGUCCCUUUCUCACACUUCUCUUUACCUUCACUUUCUUUUACAUUUUUUAAAAUGUUUGUACAGUAUUUUUGUCUAUCUUUAUUACCUACAUGUUUUACAUUCGUGUUGGGGUAGGUUCUUGUUUUACGGCUAAGAGAAAAGAACCUUGUCUUUCACAGGCACCAUGCUGGACAUUAAAUGGAGGUGUGUGUGCAACAUCAAUACCAAUAAUAUAUAAAAUGGUCUCACACCUCAGAUCUCAAACUGGAUUUAAAUUGGGAUCCCCAUCUGAUGAACCACCUGACAAGGUGGAAAUGAAUGGCCAGUGCUAAUUUUGAUUGACAGGGGAGUCGUUUGUGUAACUUCAGGGAUGCAUCAUGUUCAGGCCUCUGUCAUCUUAUUUCAAUAUUUAACACAUGAUCAUGUGGUUUCAUAUCCAUAUAAUUUUUAUUUUUAUUAUAUUUCUCAUUAUCAUUGUAUGUUUACAUCAAGGCCAGUUCCAUAUUAGUAGCAUGCGUCCUUUAUUCAUGUUGGUACUUCUGUUUAUGUUCUCCACCUUUUACAUAGUCUGUCACAUGUUGGUGAGUCGUGAAUGUAUUGUGUUUGAAUUUUGAACAUGGUAUCUGUACACUGCAGUUCAUUUUGAACUAGUAGACCAUCCUUCAUUAUUCCUCCUUCACAUCCUCAAUCAGUGCUAUCAUCACAUAUUCUAGUGUUUCAUCGUCAUUUGAUUUCAGUCAUCCCAUUCAUUUGAUUUCAGAACAUUUCAUUUAACGGUUCUGCACUGAUAUUGGCUUACAAAAGCACUUGUUUUUUUUGGUUCUAUGCAAAAUUAUGGCACUGAUCUGCCCUACAUUAUACUGAGUAAUCACUUCACAGUAUACUCUAUACAGCCAUUUCAUCUAUAUUUACAUUUUAUUUUCCGUACCUUGUGUAGUGAUUUGUUUGAAUGGACCUGCUCAUCCUGACAAACGACUGAAGUAGGUAAUCAGAUACCGCAGGAUAUACAGAUUGUCUCAGUUUCAUGUGAAAGUCAAGUUAGCUGUGAAUGAUAAAUAAGGUGUGCAAGAUGGGCGCUUCUGUCGCGAACAUAUUGUACUACUGUCAUGUCAUAAAAGUUUGGUCUGCUCUAGUCUCUACAGGAUCAAAUGAAAAUAAAGCUUGAAAAAAAUUGGAAAAAAUGA